UCUGCAGAGGACCUGUUUGACUACGGGUCGUUAGGUCAGGUGGGUUCUGAGGCGGCGAUGCAGGCAGCUGACCUCUUGAUGGGAGACUUCAGGAUGAUUUCCUGUCAGGACAUCAAAUGGAGCCUCAACGCCAUGAAGGGGCACUACGCAAUCACACGCAAGGUUCGCUCGCCCACCCUACACACUACACACUACACCCUACCACACUACACACUACACCCUGCACCCUACACCCUACACCCUACACACUACACCCUACACCCUACAGAACGCUGCUAUAUAGACUUCAAGUAUCAACAUGGUUCGGUGAAGUUGGAGAGGAGGAUGUACUUCCUGGAGAAGAACCGUCGCGGCUGCAGGACGUACGGAGCGGCUCUGGACCCCUCGCUGCAGAGGGAGAUCAGCUUCUAUCAGCAGAAAGCCAAGGAGCAUGCUGAGCAUGAAGACUUCCUGCUGGCUCUGCAGGUUAAUGAGGAGGAGUAUGAGAAGGACGGACAGCUGAUAGAGUGUGGGUGUUGCUGUGGGGACUUUGCCUUCGAGAAGAUGACCCAGUGUUCUGAUGGACAUCUCUUCUGUAAGGAAUGCCUGGUUAAAUAUGCCGAGGAGGCCGUGUUCGGGUCGGGACAGUCCUCUCUCAGCUGUAUGGAAGCAGGCUGUCCCUGUUCCUUCCCGGUGUGCGAGUUGGAAAAGGUUUUGCCGGACACGGUGUUGUGUAAAUACUACGAGAGACAAGCUGAAGAGGCCGUGGCCGCGACCUGCGCCGACGAACUAGUACGUUGUCCGUCCUGUAACUUCCCAGCGUUGUUGGAUAAAGGUGUGUCACUGUUCAGCUGUCCCAACCCUCGCUGUCGAAAGGAGAGCUGCAGGAAGUGCCGUGUCCAGUGGAAGGAGCAUGCUGGGAAGUCAUGUGACCAGGUCAUGGAACGAGAUGAGAUACGCAUGAGGGUGGCCUUUGAGGAGCGGAUGACAGCAGCUCGGGUCAGGAAGUGUGUGAAGUGUGGAACAGGUCUGGUGAAGUCUGAGGGAUGUAACAGGAUGUGGUGUCGUUGUGGAAGCUACAUGUGUUACCUGUGCCGAGAGCCAAUCAGUGGAUACAACCACUUCUGUCAGCACGCCCGUUCCCCUGGCGCUCCCUGUAGGCACUGCCGCAAGUGCUCUCUCUGGACAGACCCCACGCAAGAUGACGAGCGCAUCAUUCAGGAGAUUCAGAAAGAGGGCGAGAAAGAGCUCAACAAGAAGAACGCAGAGACUUCAGGGAAGAGAGUGGGCCCGCCCCCGGAACCUGUGGUGGUUGCUAAGCGACCUCGAGCAGCCCCCCCUCCGCAGGCGGUGCGAGCGCCCUUGUUGGUCCCUCCUCGUGUCAUUCUGCCUCAUCGCCAGCCCUUGCCCCCCGCCCCCUACGUGCCCCCACUCCUCCACCUGCCCCCCCUCAACUACCACCCCCCCCUCAACCAGGUCAACAACAACCUGAACAAUAUAGACGUCAACAUGCCCAUGCACUAUGGACCCCCCCCUCGCUACUACAGACACCUAUAACCCUCCUCCUCCUCUACAGACACCUAUAACCCCCCUCCUCCUCUACUACAGACACCUAUAACCCUCCUCCUCC